UACGUGUAUUAUUAUAUUGCGAGUCCGCUACUGAACCGAUUUCGUCGCAGCGGUGGUAAUUUCUUAAUGUCAGAUUGUUGUCAAGCAUUAACUCAUCAAUGAUGGCGAAACGAAGGGAUAUGUUCAAUCUGCACAACUUUUUAAGCUCGAUUCCAGUUCUCUUGGUGACUUUGUCUCUUCAUUAUGAUGAUGGAGAAGCCAAAUCAGAAGCAGAGGCCAAGAAAUACAUGGAGACCGGAAACACUUUGUUAGCAGCUGGUCAGCUUGCUGAUGCACUGGCCCAAUACAAUUCUGCAAUAGAAAAUGAUCCUAAAAACUACAUGGCAUACUACAAGAGAGCUGCUGUUUACCUGGCCCAAGGAAGGUCCAAACUGGCUCUACCAGACUUGAAGAAGAGCAUGACUCUCAAGCAGGACUUCACUCCCGCUCUCAUCAACCAUGGCAACGUACUAUUUAAGCAGGGACAUCUUGCUAAAGCUAGGGAAGAUUAUGCUGCCGUGUUGAAAUUUGAUCCAUCUAAUAAAGAGGCUGAGAAGCAGCUUGGAAUGACCCGCACCGUCGAGGAGAGAAUAGCAAUAGGAGACAAACAAUUCCAAUCAAAUCAACUAGAACAAGCAUUAGAUGCAUACUCAAAGGUUCUUAUGUAUUUACCGUGGAAUGCAGAUAUGCACAGGAAACGAGCGAAAGUCUACACAGAGUUAGGAGAGUUAUACAAGGCCAUCGAUGAUCUAAGAUCUGUAACUAAACUGGUUCCAGACAGCACAGAAGUCUAUCUAGAAAUGAGUAGAACGCAUGACAGUAUGGGAGAUCUAGAUAUGGCCUUAGAAGAUAUACGAGAAUGUUUGAAACUGGAUCCCGAUCACAAGGAGUGCUUCCCUCUUUACAAGCUGCUCAAGAAAAUCAGAAGAUUCUUGGAUGCUGCUGAAAAUUAUAUCCGUGAUGGAAGAUAUGAUGAGGCUAUAGAAAAAUUAAAAGCAUCGAUAGAGGCUGCUGGUAAAGGAGGUAUUUAUGAACUCAGGGCAAAUGCAAGGAUAUGUCACGCAUAUAGAAUGAGCCAAAAUUUACCUGAAGCAAAAAAGAUGUGUUCACUGGUUUUAAAAGACGAUCCAGAAAAUAUAGAUGUACUUAUAGAUAGAGCUGAAACUUAUAUCCAAGACGAAAUGUAUGAAGAAGCUGUAAGUGAUUACCAAAAAGCCAAAGAAAUAGACGAUGUGCAGAGAACACAAGAAGGAUUAGAUAGAGCGCAGAAACUUUUAAAACAAUCCAAGAAAAGGGAUUACUACAAAAUUUUAGGUGUCAGAAGAAAUGCUGUAAAAAAGGACAUAUUGAAAGCAUAUCGACAAUUAGCUAUGCAAUGGCAUCCAGACAAACAUGAAGAAGGGGAACAAAAAUCCAAAGCAGAGAAAAUGUUCAUGGACAUCGCCGAUGCCAAAGAAGUCCUUACAGACCCAGAAAUGAGGGAAAAGUUUGACGCUGGGGAGGACCCGUUGGACCCCGAACAACAGCAGCAGAGAAACCAAGGCUUUCAUCACGGGCAUCCAUUCGGUUUCAAUCCCUUCGGUAGCGGCGGCGGUGGCGGUUUCAACUUCAAGUUCAAGUUCAACUAGAGUAAAACUUAACAUUGACACAAUCUGCAGGACUCUGUAUCACUAACGUCUGCGAUCGAUCGCUAAAUGGCAAUGGCCAAUCCAGGGUCCCUGUCUUUCGAACAGUUGCGAUUGAUCCGAUCAACCACAACUAUGGAAAGCCAGCAACGUCAACAUCUGACAUGCAUGUUU